GGAUUGGAGCCGGAGAGUCUCAGGCACUUGUCUCCUCAGUGGAUGUCUCUCGGCCCCGCCGCUCCCCCGCGCCGCGGGACGGGGAGACCCGCCCAGCAAACACACUCAGGAGCAUGGAGGAGAUCUCCAGGGAAAGGGAGCUAAAGAAAGAAGAGCUACAGACCCAGUCUCCUCAUCUGUGCAAUGGGGGCAUUGCUCCUACCUAAUGGGGGUUGUGAUGAGGACUGAGUGGAAUAAAGCAGGUGAAGUACUCAGCACACAGGCCAAGAAAUUGGAGCAUGGCUAUGAGCAACGGAAACAAUGAUUUUGUGGUUCUGAGCAAUGGCAGCAUCACAACCAGUGCUACCAGUCCUGGUCCCCUCACCCCCUGUGAUGGAGACCUUGCAGCCCAGCAGCUCACACCCAAAGAAGCACCAAGAACAAAAGUGAGUCCAAAUGGAUGCCUGCAAGUUAAUGGCACAGUUAAAUCAUCCUUUCUGCCUUUAGACGACCAAAGAACACCUCAGAGGUUGUCCCAGUGCUGCCAUCCUUGCCCAUACCAUCACCCUUUGACUGGCCAUGACAGUCACCAAGAGUGCCAUCCCGAGGCUGGCCCUGCAGCACCUCCCGCUUUGGCCUCGUGUUGCAUGCAGCCACACUCAGAGUACUCUGCAUCUCUCUGUCCAAACCAUUCGCCUGUUUAUCAGACUGCGUGCUGUCUCCAGCCCUCUCCAUCCUUCUGCCUGCAUCAUCCGUGGCCUGACCAUUUUCAGCAUCAGCCAGUGCAGCAGCACAUAGCCAGCAUAAGACCAUCCAGACCUUUCAAGUUACCAAAAAGUUACGCGGCCCUGAUAGCAGACUGGCCCGUGGUCGUCUUGGGCAUGUGCACUGUGUUCAUCGUGGUCUGUGCCUUGGUUGGCGUAUUAGUGCCAGAGCUUCCUGACUUCUCUGACCCAUUGCUGGGUUUUGAACCAAGAGGGACUGCAAUAGGCCAGAGGCUGGUCACAUGGAAUAACAUGGUGAAAAAUACAGGAUACAAAGCAACAUUAGCAAAUUACCCCUUUAAAUAUGCAGAUGAACAAGCCAAAAGCCAUCGGGAUGAUAGAUGGUCAGACGAUCAUUAUGAAAGAGAGAAAAGAGAAGUGGACUGGAACUUCCACAAAGACAGCUUUUUCUGCGACGUUCCGAGUGACCGAUAUUCCAGGGUAGUAUUUGCUUCAGCUGGAGGGGAGACACUGUGGAAUUUACCUGCAAUUAAAUCAAUGUGCAAUGUAGAUAAUUCAAGGAUCAGAGCGCACCCCCAGUUCGGCGAUCUCUGCCAGAGGACCACGGCUGCUUCCUGCUGCCCCAGCUGGACGCUGGGCAACUACAUCGCGAUUCUCAACAACAGGUCCUCCUGUCAGAAAAUCGUCGAGCGAGACGUUUCUCACACCUUGAAGCUACUUCGGACCUGCGCCAAACACUACCAGAACGGCACCCUGGAGCCGGACUGCUGGGACAUGGCGGCCCGGAGGAAGGACCAGCUCAAGUGCACGAACGUGCCGCGAAAGUGCACCAAGUACAACGCCGUGUACCAGAUCCUCCACUACCUGGUGGACAAAGACUUCAUGGCCCCAAAGACCGCGGACUACGCCACGCCCUCCUUGAAGUACAGCAUGCUCUUCUCGCCCACGGAGAAAGGGGAGAGCAUGAUGAACAUUUACCUGGACAACUUCGAAAACUGGAACUCCUCUGACGGCGUCACCACCGUCACGGGGAUUGAGUUCGGCAUCAAGCACAGUCUGUUUCAGGAUUAUCUUCUGAUGGAUACCGUGUAUCCCGCCAUCGCCAUCGUGAUCGUGCUUUCAGUCAUGUGUGUCUACACCAAGUCCAUGUUUAUCACCCUGAUGACUAUGUUUGCAAUCAUCAGUUCCCUGAUUGUCUCCUAUUUUCUCUACCGCGUGGUCUUCAACUUUGAAUUUUUCCCUUUUAUGAACCUCACCGCACUCAUCAUUUUGGUUGGAAUUGGAGCGGAUGACGCCUUUGUCCUGUGUGAUGUGUGGAACUACACCAAGUUUGACAAGCCUCACGCCGAAACCUCGGAGACGGUGAGCAUCACUCUGCAACACGCCGCCCUCUCCAUGUUCGUCACCAGCUUCACCACCGCGGCUGCCUUUUAUGCCAACUACGUGAGCAAUAUUACGGCAAUCAGAUGCUUUGGGGUUUACGCGGGGACCGCUAUCUUGGUGAACUACGUUUUGAUGGUCACGUGGCUCCCGGCGGUGGUCGUUCUGCACGAGCGGUAUCUUCUCAAUCUAUUCAGUUGCUUCAAGAGGCCCCAGCCGCAGAUAUACGAUAACAAAAGCUGCUGGACGGUGGCCUGUCAGAAGUGCCACAAAGUCCUGUUUGCCGUCUCAGAAGCAUCUCGGAUUUUUUUUGAAAAAGUACUGCCGUGCAUCGUCAUUAAGUUUCGCUACCUUUGGCUGUUCUGGUUCCUUGCCUUGACGGUGGGCGGGGCCUACAUCGUGUGCAUCAACCCGAAGAUGAAGCUGCCCUCCUUGGAGCUGUCCGAGUUCCAGGUGUUCAGGGCGUCCCACCCUUUCGAACGUUACGACGCUGAGUACAAGAAGCUCUUCAUGUUCGAGCGCGUGCACCACGGAGAGGAGCUCCACAUGCCCAUCACCGUCAUCUGGGGCGUGUCCCCGGAAGACAACGGCAACCCGCUCAACCCUAAGAGCAAGGGGAAGCUGACGUUAGACAGCAGCUUUAACAUUGCCAGCCCGGCUUCCCAGGUCUGGAUUUUGCACUUUUGUCAAAAACUGAGAAAUCAGACGUUCUUUUACCAGACGGACGACCAGGACUUCACAAGCUGCUUCAUUGAGACAUUCAAGCAGUGGAUGGAAAACCAGGACUGUGAUGAGCCCGCCCUGUACCCGUGCUGCAGCCACUGGAGCUUCCCCUAUAAGCAAGAGGUGUUCGAACUGUGCAUCAAGAGAGCCAUCAUGGAGCUGGAAAGGAGCACGGGGUACCAUUUAGACAGCAAAACCCCAGGGCCGAGGUUUGACAUCAAUGAUACCAUCAGGGCAGUCGUGCUCGAGUUCCAGAGUACCUACCUCUUCACGCUGGCUUAUGAAAAGAUGCAUCAGUUUUAUAAAGAGGUGGACUCGUGGAUUUCCAGUGAGCUGAGUUCUGCACCCGAGGGCCUCAGCAACGGCUGGUUUGUCAGCAAUCUGGAGUUCUAUGACCUCCAGGACAGCCUCUCCGACGGCACCCUCAUCGCCAUGGGGCUCUCCGUGGCUGUGGCCUUUAGUGUGAUGCUGCUUACCACAUGGAACAUCAUCAUAAGCCUCUACGCCAUCAUUUCCAUCGCUGGAACUAUAUUUGUCACCGUGGGUUCUCUGGUCCUGCUGGGCUGGGAGCUAAAUGUUUUGGAAUCGGUCACCAUUUCGGUUGCAGUUGGCCUGUCUGUGGACUUUGCUGUCCAUUACGGGGUUGCCUACCGCUUGGCCCCGGAUGCUGACCGAGAAGGAAAGGUGAUCUUCUCUCUGAGUCGCAUGGGCUCGGCCAUCGCCAUGGCCGCUCUGACCACCUUCGUGGCUGGGGCCAUGAUGAUGCCCUCCACGGUCCUGGCCUACACCCAGCUGGGCACCUUCCUGAUGCUCAUCAUGUGCAUCAGCUGGGCGUUCGCCACCUUCUUCUUCCAGUGCAUGUGUCGGUGCCUUGGGCCGCAGGGUACCUGUGGUCAGAUUCCUUUACCUAAAAAACUCCAGUGCAGUGCCUUCUCCCAUGCCUUGUCCCCGAGUCCUGGUGACAAGGGACAAAGCAAGACACAUACUAUGAACGCUUACCAUUUAGAUCCCAGGAGCCAGAAAUCUGAAAUGGAGCACGAGUUUUAUGAAUUAGAACCCCUGGCGUCCCACAGCUGCCCGGCCUCUGAGAAGACCACUUACGAAGAGACCCACAUCUGCUCAGAGUUUUUCAACAGCCAGGCCAAGAAUUUAGGGAUGUCAGUACACACAGCUUACAACAGCGAGCUCAACCAAAGCACCAAAACUGAAGCUGGCACUGCCUUGUUACAGCCCUCUCUCGAGCAGCACACCGUGUGUCACUUCUUUCUGAAUCAGCGAUGUAGCUGCCCAGACGCCUACAGACAUUUGAAAUAUGGCCCACGCUCUUGCCAGCAGGUGGCUGACUGCUUGUGCCACCAGUGUGCUCCGACUGCGAGCGGUUUUGUGCAUGUCCAGAAUGGCCUGGCACCUCUGAAGGCUGCACAGCCAGCCCCCGAGGGCCUCAUGCAUCCCAUCCCACACAUCCACCACUGUCCCUGCCUACAGGGCAGAGUGAAACCGCCGGGAGUGCAGAAUUCUCUGCCUAGGGGUUUCUUCCUCCACCCAGUGCAGCACAUUCAAGCCCAGGAGAAAAUGGGGAAGACCAGCGUCCACAGCCUUCAGAGCAUAGAGGAGCAUCUUCCAAAGGUGGCAGAGCCAUCGUUUGUCUGCAAAAGCGCUGGAGCUUUACAGAAAGCAUGCUGUGAUCCUGAGACUCACCCAAGGGGACUUGGUAAAAGUAGAGACAUCGGAAACAUGGAGGGCAGCGGAGGGGCUGCAAACAAGGACUCGGGUUCAGUGAAUCAGACCAACAAAGCAGAAAGGCAAGCGGAGCCGGGCUUGUCACAGACUGAUGUCAUUGUGAACUCAGAACAUUUAAAUCAGAGUGAACCAAAAUUUAUAUUUAACCAUUUAAUGGGGGAGGCUGGUUUUAGGCCCUGCCCAAACAAUCCACAAAGUUGUGGCAGAAUUGUGAGAGUUAAGUGCAAUUCUGUGGACUGUCAGAUACCAAACAUUGAAGCCAAUGUGCCUGCUGUAUUAACACACUCGGAACUUUCUGGUGAAAGUUUGUUAAUAAAAACACUUUAAUAAAUAUAGUAUUAAAUCAG